GGAAUGGAAAUUUCACCUUGCAGCCACAUAGUUUGAUGUCUUCUUCUGUAGAAGAUUUGCCUUGAUUCUUCAUCACUCUGAAGCUCAAUUGUUUUUUCUUGCAGAUUAAAUAAUUGCUCUCCCACUGUGCAAAUGAAUAGACUUGCAACCCAAGCAAGUAUUUUCAAAUCAAUUCAGUAUUUAAAUCAAAUCUCAAAGUCAUUCUUUAGUGCCUACAGAUGAAAGCAAAAUUCUUCUAUCAAAAUCUGAGUAGGAUGUUUUCAUGAAAUUCAUGCUGAGAAACUGUUCAAAAACUCUUCCGUCAGUGUUAUGUAAUUCCUGCUUCACAAUGGAAUUAAUUAAAUUAAUUAAAUUGCAAUUAUCACCUUGAAAUUGCAUAUUUUGCAUAUUCAUUAUUCUCUGUGCAAAUAUUGAAUUUUAUCAUAUAAUUCAGGUCAGCACACAGCAGAAAUGGAACCCAAAUUCUCCAAUAAAAAAUAGUAGUCAAAUCAAUAUGUUCUGAAAGUCUGUAGCAUUUCAGUGACAAACAUUGCUCUAGAACAGGAGUGUCAAACUUAUAUCAUCAUGGCAUCACCUGGCAUAUCAGGACUUUUUUCCCCUUCACUAAACCAGGUGGGGGCGGGGCAGCACGUGACAUUCGGCCCGCAAGCUGUGAGUUUGACACCCCUGCUCUAGAAUAUUGAACAAACUAGGAGAAAUGAUUGCAGAACCAUGCUCAAUAGUGUUUGACCUCUUGGACAACUAGGAGGCCCCAGAAAAGUGGAGAAAGGUAAACCAUUUCCCUACCUUCAAAAAGGUGAAGGAACACCCGAGAAAUUAUAGAUGACAAAAUCAAAGUCUUCAAACAGAUGAUGAUGAUAUUAUUUUUGUGCCUUUGAGUCAAUGUAGAUUUCUUGCCAGGACAAAUCAUUGUAAUUUUCUUGACAAGAUUUCAGAAGUGGCUUCCCCAAGUUCACCAAGUUCAGGUUGGCUUUGUACCUAUAAUGGGACUAGAAUUCAAGUUUCUUUUGGUUUUAGCUUGAUGACUGAUUCACUACACUAAACUGGCUUUAAAAGAGAGUAUUAAAUGGCAAAUUUUUGAAGUUAAUAUGAGUCAAGAUGGAUAUGUCAAAACAAGUAAUGCUAGAUUAUUUUUAAAAGAUGGGGAGGGGGGAACUGCUUUGGAUUUACUAUACCUUGAUCUCACUAAAGCUUUCAACAGUGUCUUAAUAUAUUGUCAUUAUUAAAAUAGUAAAAUAAGAGCUAGAUUAUACAACUGUUAAAAUGAAUUCAUAAUUGGUUAAAUUAUCAUAUUCAGAAAGUACGAUAUUUGUGACUGGCUCCAAAACAGAUUGGAAACUAUCAUUACGUGGAUCAACAAUUGGAUUAAUUACGUGGUUGCAGAGGGCAAUUAUCAAAUCUGUAGAGGAACACCUCACUGCUGUGGAAAAAAAGUAUUUAAUAAAAUAAAUAGUCAUAAACAAUGGAUUGAAAUGAACAAGAUCAGAUUUAUUGGGGGGAAAUCUCUGGAAAUUGGAUAACAAAAAUGCAAUGUCAGAGAGGCAUCAUGUGGGAGUAGUAAAAGUGAAAAGGAUGUUGAUGUCUUUUUAGCUGCAAGUUAAAGCAAGCAGAGUGAUGCAGCUGAUAAAAAGGCAAAUGGUACAUUGGAAAGAACAUAAACAAAAAGCAGAGGAUAGCAGUGAGGUGGCAUCAUUAUUGUUAUAGCAACUUUUGGUUUUGAUGUUUCUAUCCCAUUUUCAUUUUUGUUUUUGCAUUUAGAUAUCUAAUGAAUAAUUGGCUUCUCAGACUUCUCCCUUUAAUGUGGAUACAGAUCUUCUUUACACAUAGUCCUGAAUGAUAAGGAAGGAAUUAUUUCAAUUUCUUCUAAACAUUGUGUCCUUUAGGCAUCAGAGACCCGUGAUUCAAAUGAAUUUGUUAAUCAAGUUCAUCAGUAAUCUUGAUUACAACUGUGGUAGUAAAAAAAAAAGGCCAAAUAUUACAUUUAUUGCAUUGUUAUGGAUUUAACAAUUAUAUCUAUCAUACAACUGAAUUCUGUAUGCUUUUUUUUACAGAGGUAUGCCAAGAAAAGAAAAUGAUUCAAAGAAAAUGACUUCUCUGAUCCUGAUGACUUCCCAGUGUUUGUUUCUUCAUUCUCAGUCUUAAAUAUUUGGCUGGCUUCUUGCAAAAAUAAUCCAGAACUAACUUGGCAGUGAAAUUUUACAAGCAUUCAUUCCCUGACUACUCUGUCUUUUUUACUUAUGAUGAUCAUCUCCACCAUCCAUGGUUUGGAAGACACUGUCUGCAAACACUGCCAAUUGUACCUAAUUCCUGCUUCUUGCCCUCUGAUGAACUCCUCUAAAUUUCUGUAUUCCAUGGUGCAUUUUUAUGAUGUAAAAUGCAUGAUGAGGUGUUCUUCACUUGGAUAAUUUGCAACACCUCUGUGUUUGCCAAAAGAGAAAUGCACAGCCCUAAAGUGGAUACAUCUGGUUUGAUCAACUGAAGAAAGCAACCUGGACUUUUUCUCAAAGGGAAUUUCAAGUCUUCAAUAUAACCCACAGAAAAAAAAAAUUGCUUUACUGGGACUGUUCAAAGAACUAUCUGGCAUGAGCCAACAAUUAACUGAACAUUUGAUUAAUUUCCAGGCAUUCAAAGUAUUUGCUUUACACUUGAUACACAUGACUCUUUUGGCAAACCAUCUACUGGAUUCUUCCUACGAUACUUGAUCAAAAUAAAUUCCUUAGAAGAAUAUGUCAGAAUGUCACAAUGAUCCCAUCUAGCAACAGCACAAUCCCUUCGUUACUUCCAAAUGUGAGCACCUUCUGGAUUCGAGACUCGCAAAGAAAAGGAGUACCCAAUGAAGCUCCGUUGUUUACUAGCACCUAUGGCCCUUCCCAUGCAAACAAGAGCUUUUUCUUCUCUACCAUAGGCAUGACCAAUGUGUCCCAUGCUCCUCCUGAUCCUCUGGGAGGACAUGCUGUCUGGCAAGUGGUCCUGAUUGCUUUCCUCACUGGCAUUCUGGCCCUUGUCACAAUCAUCGGAAACAUCUUGGUGAUUGUGGCGUUUAAAGUCAACAAACAGCUAAAAACAGUUAACAACUACUUUUUGUUGAGUCUUGCUUGCGCGGACCUGAUAAUUGGUAUUAUUUCCAUGAACCUUUUCACCACAUAUAUAAUCAUGGGCCGCUGGGCUUUGGGAAACUUGGCCUGUGAUCUAUGGCUUUCCAUUGACUAUGUGGCAAGCAAUGCUUCUGUCAUGAAUCUGCUGGUCAUCAGUUUUGACAGAUAUUUUUCCAUCACGAGGCCACUUACCUAUAGAGCUAAACGAACAACCAGAAGGGCUGCAGUGAUGAUUGGCUUAGCUUGGGUCAUCUCGUUCAUCCUUUGGGCUCCUGCUAUUCUGUUCUGGCAAUAUUUUGUCGGGGAGCGGACUGUCGAAGAGGGUGAAUGUUAUAUCCAGUUCCUAAAUGAACCUGUACUCACUUUUGGCACUGCCAUAGCUGCCUUUUAUUUGCCAGUUACUAUUAUGAGUAUCUUGUACUGGAGGAUAUACAAGGAGACAGAGAAACGUACCAAAGAGUUAGCAGGACUCCAGGCUUCUGGGAGUGAGGCUGAGGCAGCGUGCUUUGUCAACCAAACAGGAAGUUCUAGAAGCUGUAGCAGUUAUGAACUGCAGCAGCAGAACACAAAACAUACCAAACGAAGAAAAUAUGGGGGCUGCAACUUCUGGAUGACAUCCAAGAGCUGGAAACCCAGUUCAGAUCAGGUUGAUCAGGAGCAUAGCAGCAGCGAUAGCUGGAACAACAAUGAUGGCAACGCAUCCCUUGAGAACUCCGCCUCUUCUGAUGAAGACGACAUUGCCUCGGACACCCGAGCCAUCUACUCCAUUGUACUAAAGCUUCCAGGACAUGGUACAAUUCUCAAUUCUGCGAAACUGCCUUCAUCAGAAGAUCUGCCUGGGUCAGAAGAUGAACUGCAGAAGCUGGGCACAGAGUCAAAGGAGCAGAAACCAAAAAGGCUUCAUCCACAAAAGAGCAUGGAUGAUGGGAAUUUACAGAAAUGCUUUCCCAAGCUUCCAGUUCAACAAGCACCUGCAGUAUAUGCAGGAAAGGCUUCAGGCUGCAAUUCCACAGGGAUGAAGGGACCUAAUGCCUUACCUUUGUCAUUCAAGGAAGCCACCCUGGCCAAGAAGUUCGCCUUGAAGACAAGAAGUCAGAUCACCAAACGAAAGCGAAUGUCACUUAUCAAAGAAAAGAAAGCUGCACAGACACUUAGCGCCAUUUUGUUUGCCUUCAUUAUCACCUGGACCCCAUAUAAUAUCAUGGUCCUGGUAAAUACUUUUUGUAAUUGUAUCCCAAAAACAUUUUGGAACCUGGGGUAUUGGCUUUGCUACAUCAAUAGUACAGUGAACCCUAUGUGCUAUGCACUAUGUAAUAAAAAUUUCAGAACCACAUUCAAGAUGUUAUUGCUCUGUCAGUGUGACAAACGUAAACGACGUAGACAACAAUAUCAGCAGAGAUCAUCAGUCAUUUUUCACAAGCGGAUUCCACGGGAAACUUCAUAGAGUAGUAUUUUUUAACCACAAUAAUAAACAUUAAAGGAAGGGUGGUUGCUGGAGCCAACUACAUAUCUUCAGAGAUGUGAAAGUAGCAGCCUGGUGUAUGUAUCCUUUUAAUACUUCCUGUAUACUGUAACAGUUGAAGCCACAUAAAGCAAAAACAAAUUACAAAUGUAUUUAUUAAAGAACAAUCAGAUAUCUGAAAAUUUAUCUAUACAAUUCCAAAAAGCUGCAUACAAAACUAUGAUCUAUUCAGUCCUGCACUUGUUAAUCCAUUCUGGGAUCUCAGGAGAGCACACAUGUAGCUAGCCCACUCCCAAUAUGCUUUUCUGAUAAAUCUAGUAGGAUCCAAUAUGUCACCAAUUGGACUGAUCUAUUUCAAAAUGUGGGUAUAUGUGUGUUCCGAAUACUGUACAGAUGUCCCAAACAUUUUAGAGCUUCCCAUCUUCUCCUUUUGUAGGCGCAAUGUCAAUUUGUUGACUCAGUUUAUUAAAUAACCCGUGCAGGAACAUCCCAUGCACUCAGCACUUGCUGUCUGUUUACAGGAAAGGUGAGGUCUUGUCUUAGCAGUAAUUGCCACCACUAUGAGAUGUGAGCAGCACAAGGGGCCUUGAAAACAGUUUUUCAGAACUCGUUUAUAUUGUAUUGAUUUGGGCAAUCUUAAAAUUGUAACUCCACAGAAUAAUUUUAUGUACAACAGUGAAGAAUUUCCAAAGGGUGCAUGUUAUCCCUACACAUUUAAGCAGAACUGAGUAUGUAUAUUUUUCAAGUAGAGAUAUCCUUUAAAUAUUAAGAUGUUCUUUAAACUGAAGAAGUGGGGCCACAUGCAGAAGGCAGACGAGAAGUUCGUCUUCAUGAGAAACUCGGUACAGACUUUACUUCUGCUUUAAAUGUGGGGGUCACAGAGGAACUCAGAUUUUUAGUACAGUACCAGCACAGCCCUGGGAAUCUCUUAAGUUGUAGAUAAGUCGGAGCAGAAAGUCUCAUCCUUUCUACAAAUUUGGCAGAGGGGAGGGAGAGAGAACCCCAGAAAGAAGCUUAAGAACGGUGUCAGCAAAAAAUCAGGUCCGUGUUUAUCCUGUUUUUUGUUGAAGCGUAUGACAAGGACAAAGAAUCCAUGAAAUAAGCACAUUACUUCUUCCCAGCUGUCUGCAUCACACUUUAUUGGCACAAGGAGAAUGCACCAGAGUCUUGUCUCUAUUUUCUGUACAUUGAAAGGCAUUUUAGACAUGGGAUAAAUAACUGUAUUUUUAAAAAAAUAACGAAAUGGCACUUUCAAUAAUGCUUGUUGAGUUUGAAAGCUUCUGUUAUUAUUAUUAUUAUUAUUAUUAUUGCUGUUUUUGUUCCAAACAGUAGUGGAAAUUUCCAGUUUGUGCAGUACAAUGUCCCAAGUGAAUGUAAGUUGUUUGCCAAUUCAAAUAGCUAAGCACCUUCUCAGAAAGACAAAAAAGGGCUGUAAAGUAGCUGAGACACAAGCAGUGAUCCCUCUUAUUUAUCAAUUCAGUCAGUUCAGCAGAGCUUGGACAUGACCCCCACUCCCUCCCUGUUCUUAGCGACUCUGGUUGGUUCAUUCAGGGCUGUGUGCACAGGAAAUGUUCCAGAAGAGUCUAUGCCUCUGCUGUACUUUGUAAAAGUCAAGACAUGCCGGAGGAAAGGACUGUACUUUAAGCAAUUGUUUCAGAUAGGAUUUAUUAACAUUUUUAAAAAAGCAAUUUUGUAUAUUACCUUUCCAAUCAACCAAGAGUUUUACGGGGCUUCUCCCCAGCUUUUUUUUUUUUUUCAUUUUUGAUCUGACACGCAGAUCUGACAAUUAAAAAAAGCAACUUCCUUUAUGAAAAGAGGACUCAAUGUUGUGAACACGGAACUGGUAUAAGAGCUGCUUUUGUAUUCAGUGUGAGAUGGUGUUUACAGGUGAUUUUGACAACAGUGGAAGUAUAUUAAAUAGUGUCUGUGUAUCUGAGCUAUUUAAUUUUGUGAUCUAUUAAUAUGAAGAAAUAUUUAUAUACAUAAAAAUGCCACCGAAAUGUUUUAUUUAAAUGUUGAUAAAUAUUGCUCUUUGGUCUUCAACUGUAAUGUUCUUUUCAAGCAGAUCAUAAAAGUGUUCUUGAAACA